AUCGAAAUGAUAGSGAUUGAGAGGGUAUUCGGGCUGGAACACUUGGGAUGACGAGUAAGGAAUACCCGACACUUGUAAGUAAGGCACAGGCGCGGUCUGCGUUCGGGCGGUUACAGCGGACCUGGACGGAGCGGACGGGGAAUAUAGUCAUCGAGGGAAACUCAACAGGGGAUGUGUGCACGGUGUGCUCGGCGCAGUUACGCUGGCAGGUGCAGUUGAGGGAUAGUGCGCGAGAUGAUCGGGGCUCGUUUGCAAGACGAAGUCGUGGGUGCCCAGCGAACGGGGAACGUGCGCCAGGAGUUCGCAGUGAUUUGGCUUGGUUGACUUCAGAGCUUGUCGGAGAACUGAAGAGGGAGGGGAGUCAUUCAGGUGGAAGGGGGGAACCGUUGGGAAGAGUGCCUGUAGGAGGCGUGCCAGGCGUUCACCGCCCCCGGCGCAAUCUGAGUUUGAGUUCAGUUGGGGGCGAUCAGAGGGAAUGCAUGCUUGCAGAGGGGGGAAUUUUCGUUUGGCAUGCCAGGAGUACCCCGCCCUCCUUCGGAGCUCUAUGCGGAGAUGAAGAACCCGAUUGGCUAGUGGGAUGGGGGAUAAGCAUGWUGAAUGCAGGGAAACGGGGACUAGUGUGGAUUGGYGGAGAAAAGGAGCUUGCAAGCUUAGGGAAUGCCGGGAAGGACGGCCACGGUGAUGCGUGUAGGAGAGCAACUGGUAGGCAAAAGAGUAUACUUAGAGAUCUUCCGCGCGACAGGCUUGAUUUCCCUGAAGUCCUAAAGCUCGCGAUAAAGGUAGAGGCAGACGAUUAUAAGGACUUGGUGUGGAGAGGGAUGAGGAGACGUGACUUCUCUCUCUAUAAGGAGUAUGCCACUGAUACAUGUCCUGAUUUCAAGGACUAUCCCUGGUCGGAGAAGAAUGAGGCCAUGGCUGAGGAAGUGAAGGAGAUACGGGACAUGGUGAAGGGAUUGACGAGACAGGUUACAGAGAUUGUGUCCACUACAGGGGCCAAGGUCUACCGGGACAAACCUGGAGGGCCCUAUUCACUUCGCUGGGACCGUAGGAACAACGAUUCUUGGAGGAGUGUCCAAGAUAGAAAUCCUCGGACGCUGACUGAUUAUCGUACGAGGGGAAGAGAGAGAGACGAUGAGCCAUGGCGGCGUAGGGACGAUGAAAUAGACCGAGACCGCAGAGAUCGCGAGCCGUUUGCGCGAGCAUGGAGGCUGGAUGAUUACCGGCGAAGCCCUCGCUAUGAGGCCGAUCGAGGUAGAGGCGACUCCCGCGGCCGAUGGGAGACAGAUCAGGGCCGACGAGAUGGAUAUAGGGACGACAGAUACGAGCGAUCGGACCGAGAUGGGUAUAGGGACGACAGAUACGAGAGGUCGGGUCGAGAUGGCUACGGAGGAGCCAGAAGUUCGAUCUCGAGGAGCGCAGACGACAGACCAUCUACUCCCAGGAACUCAUGCGUUUACUGUAGAGGAGAAAAUCAUAUCACGAGGGAUUGCCCGGACCUCAAACGGGCAAUAGAUGAGGGACUUGUCGUGCUUGACGACCACAAGUACGUCAAGUGGGCAGAUGGUCUGGGAGAUGUAUCAAUGUUCCCUUCGGUGAAGGAGAAUGUCGAAGCACGGAGAGUAAGGCCGAGUAAAGAAAAGGAGUCGGUCAGGAACCAGAGCAUCAAGAUAACCUUUGAGGGCGAUAUGGUGACCACACCCAUAAGGGCACCCAUAAGGGUGGCAGCCACCAAGUCGGCGAGAGGGUCUACAUCGAAGAAGACUGACACGGAUUAUGCGAUGACAGAGAAGGACGGGCAGCGGGUCGAUGGGGAGGAGGUUAUCCUUUCGCCGCGAAAGCGGGGAGUGAAAAAGUUCUUAAUGAAGAGUUCGCUGGACGAGAUUGACACGGUCGAACCACUGAGGCGGGCCCUUGCAGUGCUCUAUUCUGGAGUACUUGGCGGCAUCGAAGCCGGCUCGUGAUGAGUUACAGAUGAUCACGCGGAAGACUCGCAUACCUCUAUCGAAGGAGGGUCAGGGGCCCCUAAGGCGGAAGCUCCUACAGUA